AUGGAGGAUAAGGUUGUUUCUUUGUACGGGUCAGUGGAGCGUUUCUGCCAACGUAUGGAGGUGUUGGUGGAGGAGAAGAAGGUGUUUGAGGACCAGGCGGAUUGCACCGACAAGCAGUUGGGGGAAGAGGUAGCGAAAAGGAAGAGUGUGGAGGAUGAUCUGGGAUGGCGUGCAUGGUCGCUAGUGUGGAGAAUGGAAAACAGGGAGGUCUGGGAACAUGUCGUUGCUGGGAAGUUUGUCCUUGGGGAGGCAGUUGCUACCACAGAGCAUAUACAGGCGAUGAACACUGUUGUGAAAGCGUUUAUGGAGACAGACUUUGCCUCUUACCUCCGCCUGGGCGAGCUCGACAUGGCAGGCCUUCGGCAAUUGUGUGAUGACUCUAACGCCGAGGACAGUCAGGUCGAAGGUGGCUCUUCUCAUGCUGGUGCUUCCCCUAGUAAGUGA